GUCACGAUAAUCCUCUCGAAAAAUUUCGGUGAAAAUGUUGGAAUUGCGCGUCGCCACCGAUGAUAAGCAACAAUUGAUUUGGCAAACCGGUUUAAGUUACUUGUGGGGAAGGUCACGUGUUGAAGGUAUUUAGGUGUAAUUGGUCAAGUUUUGGACUACAGCAGACAUGAUCCGCUUCAUGGUUUGAAGAAACGAUCAACCGAGCAAUGAGUGAGCUAAAGCUACAGUCGCUGGAAAACUCGAGCCUGUACAAACGUCGCACAACGUCCAGGGAGAACCUUCUGCAAGUCGCAGGCGGAGAACCCUUCCGUCGACCCACCACCCCCACGAUGGCCGAGCGUCUCUACCAGAACGGACCGUCGAUAAGAAAUCCCAACGCGACGACGACUCCGCCGCUGUACAGCAACAUUGCUGAUAAGCACUUUUCGCCACAACAGCCGAGUUCCAGUGCACUUUUGGCGGCCGACGCCAUCGUACGGGAUUUGAGCAGUGUCAACUUGGGAUCGGGAAGCAGUACAGGAUACCAGAACGUUCCGUUGCCUUUGGCCAGUUCGACGCCGGUCCGCAGGAAGAUGGAACUACGCGAGCAGUCCGGCCGGUCCAACGUGGAAGUGAUUGGAGUUUCCGCCAACAUGUCGCUCGGCUCGAUGAUGUGCACCCGUUGCGACGAGGGCUUCGAACCUCACGAGCGGAUCGUCAACUCCAACGGGCAGCUGUGGCACACUCAGUGCUUUGUUUGUGCCCAGUGCUUCCGGCAGUUCCAGGAUGGUAUCUUCUACGAGUUCGAGGGUCGCAAGUACUGCGAGAAGGACUUCCACAUCCUGUUUGCGCCGUGCUGCAACAAGUGCAACGACUUCGUGAUUGGGCGCGUCAUCAAGGCGAUGGCCGCCAACUGGCAUCCGGAUUGCUUUACGUGCGAGCGGUGCAGCAUUCCGCUGGCCGAUUCGGGCUUCAUCCGGAACCAGAACCGGGCGCUGUGCCACGACUGCAACCGGAAGGAGAAGGAGGUCGGGCUGGGCAAGCACGUGUGCAACAAGUGCCACGGAGUGAUUGACGAUGCGCCGUUGCGGUUCCGGGGUGAGGUCUACCACGGGUACCACUUUAACUGUACCUCGUGCGGGGUCGAGUUGGACUCGUCGGCCCGGGAGGUGAAGAACCGCACCGGGUACGCGGCCAACGAUAUGAACGAGCUGUAUUGUUUGAGGUGCCACGAUCGGAUGGGAAUUCCGAUUUGCGGCGCGUGUCGGCGUCCGAUCGAGGAGCGCGUCGUUACGGCGCUGGGAAAGCACUGGCAUGUUGAGCAUUUUGUCUGCGCCAAGUGCGAGAAGCCGUUCCUCGGACAUCGCCAUUAUGAGAAACGUGGUCUGGCUUACUGCGAGACCCACUACCAUCAGCUGUUUGGAAAUUUGUGCUUCGUUUGCAACCAGGUCAUCGCCGGUGAUGUCUUCACCGCGCUCAACAAGGCCUGGUGCGUGCACCACUUUUCCUGCUCGAUCUGCGACAACAAGAUGGACCAAAAGUCCAAGUUUUACGAGUACGACGAGAAGCCGGUGUGCAAAAAGUGCUACGAGCGCUUCCCGAACGAGCUGCGGCGCCGGCUGCGCAUGGCGCACGAAAACACGCUGAAGAAGGUUCCGGUGGCUUAAGGGACGCGAAAAAACACACGAUCGAAACAUUUUUGAAUUUCUACACUGGAAUGCCUUACUAAUCCACUGUCGAGACGAACGGAACUCACCAACAUGCACAAGUCGUAGUUUUUAACCAAUUGUAGAUUAACUUGCAGUUACAGUGUCGUGCCUUGAAUUUUUUUAAUCUCGAAAAGAGUUUUUCUUAAACAUAUAUUUAUAGGACAAUAUAUUAAACUUUCACCGAAGCGUUGUUCGAGUAUUUUUGUGUAGGCUAAAAAAUAUUAUUGUAACAAAUGUGUCAAAUGUUAGCUUCUAAUACUAGAAAUACAUGAUUUAAAUUAA